UCUGGUCACGGGACCACGACGUCACAGAGGAACUGAAUCGCCAGCGCCCAGCUGUUUCGUUUAGUGUUUAGUUGCUUUAUUAAAUACGACUAGGAAAUCCGAAUUUAACCAUGAUUAUUAAAGAAUAUCGAGUUAUUUUACCGAUGACGGUCGAAGAAUACCAAGUUGCCCAACUUUGGUCCGUGGCAGAAGCGAGUAAGAAUGAAACUGGCGGUGGGGAGGGUAUUGAAGUUCUAAACAACGAACCGUAUACGAAAACAUUAGAAAAUGGAACUGUUGAAAGUGGACAGUAUACCAAUAAGAUUUAUCACUUCGCUUCCCGGGUUCCUGGCUUUAUUAGACUGUUUGCCCCGACUGGUUCGCUCAGCGCCAAGGAAGAGGCAUGGAAUGCUUAUCCUUCAUGUCGGACUGAGUUCACCAACCCCGGCUACAUGAAGGAUAAUUUUCAAAUCGUUAUUCAAUCUUAUCAUGCUGAUGAUGUAGGUGAAUCUGAAAAUGUUCAUAAUCUCACACCGAAGCAACUGAAGGAUAGGGAAGUGAUCACCAUAGAUAUUGCGAACGAUGUUGUUAGGAGUGCAGACUAUAAACCAGAGUUUGAUCCAAGUAAAUUCACUUCACAAAAGGCAGGCCGUGGCCCAUUUGGCCCCAACUGGAUCGAACACAUGCGUAUGCAAAAACAGAUCUAUGAUAACCAAGAACCUGGUGCUGGGAUCCAGCGUCCAGCAGUUAUGUGCGCUUACAAGCUGGUAACAGUCAAGUUUAAGUGGCUGGGGUUCCAAAACCGCAUCGAAAAGUUCAUCCAUAACCAAGAGCGUCGGCUUUUCACCAACUUCCAUCGACAAGUGGUUUGUUGGAUGGAUAACUACCAUGGGUUGACAAUGGUGGACAUCAGAAGGAUUGAGGAUGAGAUUAAGAAGGAGCUGGAUCGGAUCCGGGAGCAAGGAUGCAUCCGUGGUACCGUGGUGGAGGACCCCGAUGCAAAGAAGACUUAAACUUAAUUGAAAACGCGUUAAACCUUAUGAUAAAAUGAUUACAAAGCAAUGAUUGAUAACCAACUUCCAUUAGCACAAGACCAAUUCGACACUCAGUGAAAUCUAGGCAAUUGCGAAAUCUUGUGUCUGCUGUAAAUUUCCUUAUUGCUGCAUAUUUAUGUAGUGUUUAAAUUCAACUGACUUCAUCUGUGUAGGCUGUUAUAAGCAACUAUAACCUGUGUAGUAUGUUAGUUGAUGUAACAAUAUUUCACUAAAAACAGCUUUUGUUUUGUGAGCGAUUGUCACUUGUGAUAUUCAUGAUAUAGGUUUUGCUACAUUAGUUAUUUUGUGCAUUCUAUUAUUUAGCUAAGUCAAUUUUAUGAAAUAAUCUGUAAAUUAAAGUCUAAUACUUUACCCAACGUAUAGAUUUAUAAUAAUUUUAAUUCUAUGCACUUUAGGGUGUUAGAUAUAAAUAAACAGAAGGCAAUGCGUUGGUAAAGAUGUUCAUUGCCUCAUUAUAAAAUAAAACUUUUUACUAGUUGUUAUAAUAACUAAUAAAACAAUGUAAAUUAGUUGGUUAUUUUCAUAACUUAAUCUCCAAUGUAUUUUGUUCUGUAUCUACAAGUCACAGUUUCAAUUUUCCCCAUAGUUUUCAUGCAUUCUUAAAAUCCAACUGAACUUCAUUCAAAAAACAGUACCUACCUGUUACCUAAUGAUAACUACAUUUUGUUUGUAUCACCCAAUGCUGUGGAAUUACGUUUUAUUGCGUUUGAUUCCGUACUUUCUCUCUCCCACACAUAAACAUGUAUUCAUCGCCCAGUUAAACUGUUAGCCCCAUGCGAUAUAGAGAACAUUGUGCUGGAGAUAUUGUACUCAAAAGUAAUUCGCAUUGACUGCAUAAACAUCUGUUUCGCCCACAAUUUCAAACCCAAUUUAAAUGUUGUGUAUUGUAAAGUUUGAUCAAUUGUCACUGAUUGUGCUGUUACAGUCGUUGAAUACUUUGAGCAUUAUUUUAUUUCUACUAG